ACGCCUACCUAGGCACAGGUGCAGCUGAUUUUAGGUCACGCCCGCCGCUCUAGCAUAGUUGGAAAGUAAUGUCGGGCGGCGUGGCAUGGUUUGGGCGAGAUAAAAAGAUUUUACCACACCUAAUGCAAGCUUUUUGGAUAAUGGAAAUGGAAAACCUUUGUUAGAACUUCAUGCAAAGAAAACCGUUGGAAUAAACCAAACUCUUUUUUGGAAACUUGUGUUUGUGCGUAAACUUGAAGCCGAAUCCGCGUCACACACGGCCUUUAGUUUGGAACAUUGGAAAAUAGAAAAAAGGCCGCUACAUUAAGUAAGAUCUUUUUAUCUACCCCAAAAGGCCGCUACAUUAAGUAAAAUCUUUCUUUCGUUUGGACAUUGAACUUGGAAGAUAUCGAAUUGAAUUGGAUUAUCUGUUGGAACGUUUCUGUUGGAUUACUGGAAUUUGGAAGCCGAAACGAGAAGACGCCGAAAGACGUGAGUAACAGCUGACUGAGUAACAGCUGACUCUGAAGCAACCCGCAACGUCGGGGUGGACCCUCUUGAGCUGUAAUUUAAAGACUUAAAAGAAGACAAAGCAAAGACUUUUUAGUUUGAAAACAUUCUUUGGAUUUUUGCGGAAACAAAGUAGUUGGAACAUUAUGCAGCAGGAGCAGGAAGAUUUGGGAAAGGAAAGGGAAGUUUUAAGUUUAAUUAAGAAGCGAAGUGGAAAACUCGGCGCUCUCACACGAAAGCGGAAUGAAAUUCACACUUUGAUCGAUAAUGGAGAGAAUACCACCGUCAUUGAAGAACACAUGAAAGUUUACAAUUUUUUCCUGGAGGAGUUUAUGGACGUACAAGUGGCCGUGCAAAGUUUAUUGAACGAGGAUGAGAGAGAAUCUGACCACACCGACUGGUAUGAACCCAAAUUGAUAAGCUGCAGAGAAUUUAUUGAUGACAUAGAAACGUGGCUAAAACAAGACGCCUCGCAGGAUGCCGCUAAUAAUGUCGCUCCAGAUGCCAUGUACCUGACAGAUGAUGGCAAUGGGGCCAUUUUCCCCCUGCCCUCUGGGGAAUUCCCCAUUGGGUCCAUGAUGACCAUGGGCCACUUUGAGGUGCAGGGGCAGCCAACCCCAGCUGCACCUCCAACGCCAGGUCCAGCCCCCUUCUCUUUCUCCUCUCCCUCCGCCUCACCUACACCUGUCCCCUUUUCCUUCUCCGGUGGGCCAAGGACCUUCCCCCCAAGGGCUUCAGGGCACUUUGGGAAAACCUUUCAAAGGUCCAUCAAUGUGGGGGAGGUAGCGGGCAACCGCAUUUUGACCAAAAAAACGUUGGUGGUCCGCUUCUCAGAGGCAGAGGCGAAUGUGGAGGCCAUCCUUCUAAAGGCGAGGGAGGCCCUGGGCCAGGUGGAGGAGACCUUUGUCCUGACCGACAGUCAGGGCAAUGAAAUACAGGACUCCGAUGGCACAAGAACAUCGCAGUUCUGGAGGCAGAACAGCCGAAAGGUUUUCGUGCUGCUGGAGGGUGAAUUUGAGGACCUCCAGCAGCAAAGACGGGCCAAAGUGAGUCGCAGGGAAGACAACACCCUGCUGGACCGGGCAGAGGAGGUGAAGGUGGCUGCCCACCUGCAAAGACCAAGCUUGCAGCCCGCCAAGGAUGCUAUGUCCUGCCUGGUUUGCAAAGCGGUUUUUGUGGAUCCACAAUUCGCGACAUGCUGUGAAUCCUUGGUGGGCUGCAGGGUCUGUGUGCAGCGGUGGUGUGCCUCCUCCGACUUCUGCCUGAAAUGCCGUGCAGCAAACUUUGCUGCCAACGUCCUAGCAGUGCGUGGCUUGUCUCCGGCUGCUGAUUUCUUCAGGGACUUUGAUGUUGAUGCCUAAUUUCUUUUUAGUGUGUGUGUGUGUGUUUCCUUUAAGACAGUUUCCACCCCGUUACCCGUUGGAGCUUCUUUUCACUCCCGUUACGUUUUGGCAUGCAACACACCUCACUGCACCUCACUGCAUUGUUCACGCAUCCAUGCACUCACUCUACAUUACUGACUUUACUGACUUCCACGCUCUACCGUUUUGCUCCUGUUCGUCUUUGUUUGUGUUCAUUGUUAUAAUAAAUUACUUGUUAUUUUGUAUUUAAAC